AAUUGAAGGUGAUUGUGUGGCAUUUUAUUGUUAAUAAAUAGUUCGUUGUUAGACGGGUAGGUAUAUAAACAUCCUUGGUUGCGAAUUAGGCAUCAGUCGAUCCUAGUCGGUCAGACGAAUCAAAUCAACACAGACCACAAUGUUCAAGCUGGUGGUGUUGUUCGCUUCUGUGGCUUUGGCGGCGGCCAAGCCCGGCGUGCUGGCCCCCGUGGCCUACAGCGCGGCGGUGCCAGCCGUGAGCUCAGUGUCCCAGUACAGCAGCAGCGUGGUGCAUGGUUCCCCCGUGGUACCCGCCGUGUACUCGUCAGCCAUUCUUCCCGCUGCGUACAGCGCUGCCGUGGUUCCUGCUGUCGCCCCCGCUGUGGUUCCGGCUUACGGCUAUGGUCUGUCCCAGGCCCCCCACUCGCCCGCGGUCGUCCUGGAUGCCGUGAACGGAGUCCCCCUCGACACGCCUGAGGUGGUCGCCGCCCGCGCGGCCCACUACCAAGCGAAGGCUCUAUCUGGCCAUCACCUGCGCAAGCGAUCCGUCGCUGCUGUUGCUCCCGUGGCAUACAGCUCGUACGUGUCUCCUGUCUCCGCCGUUGCUUACUCCUCUCCCGUCGUUUCUCCUUACUCCUCUGUGGUUUCCCCUUACUCGGCGGUAGUUUCCCCUGUCUCUUACUCCGCUCUAGUCCCUAAGGCUUACAGCGUCCAUCCUUGGUAAAUACCCACUGUAAACUAUUUAUGUAUACCAGUGUGAU